AUGCAGCGUCGCGGCGCGGGCAGCAGCGGGCAGGCAGCGCCGCGCAGCGCUGCGGCCCGGGGCUGCAGGCAGCGGGCAGGGCUUUCGGCGCUGCUGCUCGCCCUGUGCCUGGCGCUGGCCCUGCCGGACCCCGCCUGGGCGCUGCCGCCGCCUCCGUCCCCCCGGCACCGCCUCGCGGACGGGCUGAGCCGCUCCCGAGAGCUGCUGGCGGCCGCCAACGCCUCCCUCCACCGGGUGAAGGAGCUCGGCACCCUGGGAUUUGAAUGUACCCUUGAAGAGGUUGAUCUGGAAGAUAUCACUGAGAACCAAAUGAACACAAUAAAAGCCUGCACAUCUGAGGAUCCAGGGACUGGAAACUGUCCAGUGCUGGAAAGACCUACUUUUGAUAUGAGUAAAUGCCUGCAGGGCAUCUAUAAGGAUCUGAAUGCCUACAGGGCAGAGCUGAAGAACUUCAACGAUCAGAAGGUGCUGGCAACUAUCGAUGAAAUGAUGAAAGCCCUGAAGGCCAGCAGCGGGAGCACACCGCAGCCAUCAGCAGGCACAGGGCUCGCCUCCUUCAAAGAGAGGAUGAGGCUCUGCAGCAUCCUUCAUGCCUUCCAAAUCCGCACAGUCACCAUCGACAGGAUGAUGAACUACUUGACCUCUCUGGAGAGCUCGCUGUAAGCACCCAGCCUUCCAGC